AUGUCUUCGCUAUCCGACUCCAUAAGCAUCGCUCUUAUUGUGUUUGUUGUUUGUGCGCACGGGGAGAUUUACACAGGUAAGGGGUGGUUUUUUGGAAUGGAAUAAUUUUUUCUUUGCUCAUCCUAACCAGCCAAUUCAGGGAACCGCAAAUCAUAUGAUCUCAACUUGGAAAAACUGGAAAUCUACGAGUAUCAAACUGCAUUUCGUGCUAUUUUAAAGAUUAAGGCGACAAAACUUCUAAAAAACGUAGACUUCUCUACUCAAAUGUUACACAAACUUUGUGAAUCCGAAGCCAAGAAUCUGGCAGACUUGGCCAAAUGUGUAGUCAAGUUAAUGGAUUAUCGGGACAGAACAUACAGCAACAGUCAUGACAAAAGAUCUAGCAGGUUGUUCAGGUAUCGAGAGCAAAGUUAUCAAAAAAGGAAGAGACGCAGGAAGAGGGAUAUGGUUUCUAAUGAUACUGUAGCUUCUAAAAUUAGUAAACUAAAAGGUAUGAAAGAGCUGCAAGAUAAAGAACGCCUGAAUGAGCCGAAAAAUGGUAAAAAUAGUAGAGUGGAGCCGACUAUGGCUACUACAAAAACUGUUUUUAAAGAUAUGCCUAGUAUUUCUAAAGGUAUUACUAGUACUAAUAACCGUGCUGCUGAGCCAUAUAACAAAAAAGCAGAUAAAAUUACAGUAGUUGAUUCUACGAGUUCUACAGGUAUUUUUAAAUCGAUGAAGAUUCAAAAAUCCACCGAAUAUCGACCAACCUUAAGUGAUAACAAUGUUCGCCAAGAAGAUGGUCAAGCUAGUUUAUUUUCUGAUAGCAUACAUACUGCGUCUUCCACUAACAGUAAUACAGUAUUCUCUGCAGACCUUCCUACAAGAUCCUAUAAAGGGGUUCCUACAGUAUCCGCUACAGACGUACCUGCAGUAUCCUUUACUAACGCCAAUAAAAACCGCAACAAAAUUUGGUAUACCAGCAAAAAGGUUAAACCAUCAGCUACAGUACGAAAACCAGGAAUUUUUGAAAAAAUUGAAAAAAUCAACAGCUACCUUCAGAAGUCAGAAGCUUGUCAAAAGUUCAUGAAGGAUGUUGAACAGGUAACGUCAACGUACGUUUUCAUAAAUUUAUAGAACCCUUUCACAAAAAGCUCUGUGUAUUUGACUGUGCUGCCAAUCUUUAAUAUACGUUUGCAAACAAAAAUUGUUUUUUAAUUUUCAAUCAAUGAUUACAGACACUUGUCCAAAUACUCCAACCCAACCUUCUACAAAACCCAAGAAUCAACAUCGUAUGAAGCUGUUUCUAAUAUGGUUAAAAGCCUAAAGCCUGACAAUCUUUUCAAUAGUAUGUCCGUUUUAUCACCACAUCUGUUUGCCUUAUUUCCGCAGGAAAGGAUGACCGGACCACGGCUACUGUCACCAGAAAUGCUGAGUUUUCACGCAGACGGCUUCUUCAGCUUCCCUUCUAUUUUUGAGGUAAGGCAGAAAACCGAAGCAACAGCCGACAUUAGGACCAGGACUAAGGCUACAUCUAGGGCUUUUGCUAAAGCUAGGUUGAAAUUGAGAUUAAGCUAAGAACUUUAAAUAUUUGCUUUUGUUAAAACAUUAUUUUAAAUCCAGUAAACGUGUGUUUUUAACUUUUUUAAACUUUUAUUUGUUGCCGAUAAGAACGUCAUCUUUUUUGGCGACGGCACGCCAUUUUAGCUUUUUAACGUCGCUGUUAAAGGUUUCUUCAAUUGAAAGGUCAAUUGAUAAAAUAAAUCUUUGAGUUGAAGAUAGACUUUGAAAUGACUAAUGACGUUGAAAACCGUUUAUUGUAAUCUUUGAUUUAAUGACCAAAUUUCAAAAUAAGUCAUAUUAUAUACGACAUUCAUUUAAAAUUUAUUUUUAAAUCAGUCAUAAACAUAUAUAAAGCAGAAAAAGAACUAGAAAGUACACAAGUAAUCUUUCAGACAAUGAACCUAAGCCAGACAGAGAUGUACCGUUGGAUGGAUAUCUUGAUGUCUUUAACUGGUGCGACAAAGAAAAUUGAUGACAUAUUAACCAAGAACAAGGAACACAUUGACUAUAUUGAGAACGUGGCCUAUCCCAAGAUUGUUGAGUUACAAAAACGUCGAAAAAUUUGGGAAAAAAUUGAAAAAAGUUACAGUAAGAGUCAGAAACAACAUCUGGAUGAGCACGGCUACACUUUUCUCACUACUAAACAAAAGAAGUUGUUUAAAGAAGGUAGAAAAAAUGAAAAUGAAGCGGACGAAAGUAGUGAUAAAAAUAAAGGUAAUAAAGGGUCAGUUGAACAGGGUACCUAUCAUAAAGACAGUACUAACGUUAACGAAAGUUAUCGUACUGAAAAAACCACCCAAACAGACACAAGCCAAGACCAUGAGAACCGGGUCAAUACCCACACAACAAGCUUUGACAGUAACGAAAAAGAUGAAAAUACAAGACCUGAUAACACUGAAGACGAUAUGCAUUAUCAUAAGAAGCAAAAACAUUCUAAUGUACACAAUGACGAGUUUGAAGAAAAUGAGCUGAAACUAGAAGAAAAGAUACGAUACCUAGCCUUAUUUGGCGAUUUAAAAGAUAAUGGCGACAGUUUUGUUGUGGAUAGUCCUUUAGGGCAAGAUUUUGAAAAGGUGGACAAAAAUAGGAAAAUUAACAGUGAUCUUGUCAAUGACAUAUUGUAUACUGAAGAUGAUAACAAUGGCUUUAAAGAUGAAGAAAAUAAUCUACAAGUUCAUCAAGACCUACAUAGGAGUAGCUUACAUAAUGAUGAUCUACAAAGUAUUAACCUAAAAGAUAAUAAUCUACAGCAUAAUAGCCUACAAGAUAGUAGUCAACAACAUAAUAAUUUAGCAGAGAGUAACUUUCUAAAUACAGUAGACACCUCAAAAAACUACAAAAAUUUAAAAGUAAAGCAAACAAUCGACCAAAAAUUCGACCAAAACUUCGACCGAAAAAUCGUCUAAAACUUUUGAAAAACUAUUUACUUACCCAAGAUCCAACUAUAAAUUCAACAAAAAAUACUCAAAACUUAACUAACCUAGCUCAACCGUAUAAUGAUAUCGACCCUACAAUUACUCAAAGUCCAGAUCAGCUAGGUAUUGACAAAAGAACAGCCAAAAAUUCAAAAUUUUUAAAAACUACCCCAAUUUCAACUCGAAUAAGCAAAUACUCAGCUCAACGUACUAAAAAUGCCUUAGAAACCUCUGAAGGACGGUUUUUUUCUGUAGCCGAACACUACGAUAACGUAGCUUCAAACUACGAAAGAACCAAACGUCAAACAGGUUUCGUGUUUCCAAGACAAAACUUUAGCUUCCGGGUCAGAAAUUACUUGGAAGAAGAGCUGGAGGUACCCGAGAUUGUCGUACUUGACCCAUGGGUAUUUGGAAGUCGUAUAGGCGGCAUAUUACUUGAGGGCAUCAUUUUGUCACCGGCCGCGUUUUUGUCUGAAGUUACUUCGCCUUCACUGCUUACGGUAAGAGAAUAUAGUUUUCUUUAAAUAUGUCAGAAUAACACAUUUUUUGGACUAUUUGUCAUAAUGACAAGUUUCGAAAGAUUUUUGUUAUAAUGACAUAUUUUUUAGAGUUUACUGUCAUCUCAUUUUUACAUUUUUAGACAUUUUGUAACCAUGAUACAUUUUCUAGAAUUUUGAGUGAUAACGACACAUUUUCCAAAUUUCUUCUCAUGAUGAGCCAUUUUUGUUUUUAUUUCGUAAUUAACAUGAUUUCAGUUAGAAGUUUUAUCACCAACUGCCUUCCUAGCAUCAAUCUUGUCGCCAUUAGUACUAUUUUCUCGUAUUUUAUCUCCAUCAGCAUUCCGAGCUGAGGUCCUCUCGCCACAAGCUUUAAGUUCGUAUAUUUUGUCACCGGAAACACUACUGGCAGAAGUGUUGGCUCCUCGGUUUAUGGAUCUUCGUAUUGCCAGUGGCAGGGCCCUUACAGUGGAGAUAUUGACCCCUUGUAAGUGUUUUUAAAAACUUUACUCUAAUAUACCUUACCCUGUUCUACUACGCAUCUUUUGUAUUUCAUUAUUGUUUAUAGACGUGUUAUCGGCCAAAAUAGGCUCACCUGAAUAUUUGAGUGUGUACGUAAUGUCACCAAGUAUAUUGACUCCUCACAUCCAAAGUGGUGGUUUGUUGAAUCUUGAAGUAAGUCAUAAUAUAGUAGACCUCCUGUAUAACAAGCUCCUGUUUAACAAAUUUCUUUUAUAUUCGACAAUGCUAUGCAGAAGUUUCACUGUAUUAAAAAAGUUUAUAACUUUAGGUACUAUCCCCUCACUUGUUGUCUGGUCACGGUCGGCCAGGUUUGGAUACGGAAGAGAACCAUCACUUCUCACCGGAGCAUCACCACGUUCAUCAAGACAACGCUUACGAACACUACUUUCACAUACCGCAUUAA